UCACCUACUGAAACUAAAUGUUGAUUUUUCCUCUCUUCUGCAUUCUUCCACAUUUAGCAGCUGGCUGCCUGCGAUUUUCUCAUCAACUCAAAUGAAAGACAAUCUUGUUUUCAUUAAUUUCCAACACACAAGGUUGGUUAGGUUGGCCGGCGAAGAUGGGAGAUAUGCUUCCAGAACUCCAGAUAACUCCGGAGACCCCCGGCAGGCCUGCGGUUCGUAACCCCUUUGAGAGCCCCAAUGACUACCAUCGCCUGCAUGAGCCCGUGGUCCCCAGCCCCUCUGUCUUCAAAUUCUCCAAGGCCUCAACUACACCAGCCAAGUUUAAAUGGGACAUAGAUGAGAUGGCCAGCCUACUCCCUGUACACAUUGACGCUGAGGAUAUCCACCGCCAGUCCAUGUAUCUCAGUCAAACCAGGAUGGAUUCUGACAUUGAAGCGAAACAUCAGAAUGCUAUCGAGCAGUUUUUCACAAAAGGGGCCAUUGUCCCUUCGCCAUGGUCUGGACAAUCAAGUAAAACGAAAUCAACGCCGAUGCACUUUGGAAAAAGUUCCAUGUCCCCACUCAUACUUGAAGAGCCACUGCCAACUAAAAAGAUUACAGUAGGGUGCCAGACACUUCUAUCCUUACCUGGGGCCUUUGAUCUGGAGAAAAUAUUAGGAGAGUACUACAGAUAUGAGGAGGUGCGUGGACAGGAUCAGCAGGAGCAGGUCCAGGAGAACCUGAGCUCCUCAUCUCUAAGAAGGAAGUUGUUCCUGGACGGGCACUGGAGCGGUUCGGAGUCCUCCAGCCCGCCCAGCCCAGACGGAGUGCGGGAAGACGAGGACCACCCGGUGGCUGGAGCGGAGUCACGGUUCCUCUCCCCCAUCAUCUCCUCUCCUCCGCACUGCCCGCCUUCUGCUCUGACCCCAUCCACUGGCCAAUUCUCUUCCAGUCCAAUCAGGGGUCGUCACCGUGACUACAGCCUGGGCAGUGUCACGAGCCCUCUGUUCCCAGAGAGGUCAUCUCCUGCCGGUUUCACGUCGCCCGCCCUGUCCCCUAUCGGACAGCAUUCUAUCCACACACCCCGACCAGGAGAAAGGAAGAAGCUGAGCUUCGUCACCCCAGAGGGGGUCCCUCUGGAGUCGGACCUGAACUCCCGCACAGAGAGCCCCUAUGUGGACGGCUGCUCGCCGAUCCGCAGCUGCUCUCCACUCCAGAACCAGGCCAACUCCUACGUCAAGCCCAGACUCGGGGCUCGUUGCUGGGCCUCGCCCCCUCUCGUCUCCCCAAUUCUCAACCCUUCCCUCCAAGACCAGGAGAACAUCCAUCCCUUUCUAACGCUCCCGGCCAUGGACCUGGGCUCCUGCUCCCCCUCCCCGGUGUGUUGUGUGUCCACUACCGGGCGGGGCCCCCUGGGGCUGGAGGAGCGGGGCCCAGCCAUGGGUCGGGCCCUUUUGGACUCAGUGAAGAUGGAGGAAGGAGAGGAUGAGGAGAAGGAGGAGGACGAAGAGGAGGUGGACAUUCCUGUGGAGGAGGAAGGAGGUGUUGGUCCUGCAGGUGUCCGGUUGACCAGCUCUCGUAUGGGGGAGAGUGUGAUGACAGUGGAGGCUUCUCAUAUGUUUGUGUCUCUGCUGGCUGAAGGAAGCAUCAUCCCCUACGACAACAGCAUGCAGGUUGACAGUGGUUACAACACAUAUGCCGGCACAGCCACUGCCAGCCUCAUAGACGCCACGAGUUCAGAGAGUCAGAGUAAGGAGUCGUUUGACACGGCACAACACGGCCCAGAGGAAGCCUUUCAGCACACUAGUAGACACGCUAAGACCAAGACUGUUUUUCCUCAACACCACUGAGUGAGCUGAUUGGUGGAAGACUCAGGGAUACCCCCUCCCCUUACCUUUAACCUUUCGGCUGAAGCCCAAGAGCAAGUCAUCAGAACAACUUUAAAGUGCCCAUGAAAGGGGUGUAUUCAUUAGUGCGAUUCAGUUGUAAAACAUUUUGUAACAUGAAGAGUUAAUCUUUCUCACCAGGAACCACAUGGAAGAAACUAAACACGGAGAGACAUUUGAAUUGUACAAAGUUUUAUUUGCAGUAAAAGGUUUGUUGCAAAACAUUUUGCAGCAGAAUCCAACCGAUGAAUACCUCUGUUUUUUUGUCGUUUUUGUUUUUAAACGCAAGGUUUAACCUCAAUCAUUUGCUGAAACCGUUGCCAUGAAAUUAUUUCCUCAACUCCCUGUGACAUUUGUCACGUGUGGGUCCGACCCAUUUAUGUAGUGCGCAAAUGUGAACCUUUAUAGUGAGUGCACGAGAGGGGGACUGAUGAAACUUGAUGUUCAGAAUGUACUGAAUGUAUUUAUUAACUGUUAUACUUUUGUGAAUUUCGCAUUACAAUUUUGAUCAGUUGCUAAACAAUGAAUUGAUGUAAAUUGUAAUACCUUUUAAUGGUAAAAUGUGUAAUACAGAUUUCAAACAGACCUGCUUUUUGCGUCCCAAUUGGCACCCUAUUCCAUAUAUAGAGCACUUCUGGAGGAAUAGGUGCCAUUUGGGAUUUAAAGUGCCUGACUUCCUUUCAACUUCAUGGUGGGUCAUCAGUUCCAAGGAAGUGUGUUUGUAUUGGAUGUAAAGCUCUGACCCAAACACUGAACUACAUUAAAUGUUUUAAAACUGA